AUGGCCAGUUCUAGCACUGCACCUCUGGAGCCCACACCCGUACCUGCGACGCCUGAAGUCGUCGUACCGGAGGGCUUCAAACUCUAUACCGAGAACAGCGCCAAACUACUUCUUCCCGACACCGCCGACGCAUUCUUGAAUCCGGUGCAAGAGUUCAACCGUGAUCUGUCCGUAGCCGUCAUCACUGCGUUCGCAGAGGCACGAGCGCGAGACCGCGAGCGAGCAUUCAUCGCAAAGCAGGCAAAGCGCGCCAGCCGAGGAGAGCCAAAGAAGAAGAAGGCUAAGCUCGAGGGUGAAACCGAGAAGGCAGGAGCCGUAGCGGCGGAAACUGGCGAAACCGCAGUGGAGGACGUGACGAUGGGCGCAGCACCGAACACAGAUGCGUCAAAGCCUGAUGCUGCUAAGGAUGGCGUAUUCGUGAAACCCAAGAUUGUCAUUCUAGAAGCGCUCUCUGCGACCGGCCUUCGCUCCAUACGCUAUGCACAGGAGAUCCCACUCGUCAAACAUGUCAUCGCGAACGACCUUGCAGACCAGGCUAUCGAAGCUAUGAAACGCAAUAUUGAGCUGAAUGGUCUGGCACCUGAACCGGACGCGUCUGAACAUGCGCAGGGGAAAGUGCGCGUCAAUCACGGUGAUGCUCGAGCCCUCAUGUAUUCACAUAUGGACGACAACCGUGUCGAUGUCGUUGACCUCGAUCCGUACGGUACUGCGGCGCCAUUCAUCGACGCUGCAGUACAGUGUGUCAACGAGGGCGGACUUCUCUGCGUUACUUGCACAGAUGCGUCCGUCUUCGCGACCAACAACUAUCCCGAAAAAUGCUACGCGAACUACGGCGGUGUGCCUGUUAAAGCAGAAUACAAUCACGAAGCUGGCCUGAGACUCAUCUUGCAUUCGCUCUCUGUUACCGCGGCAAGAUAUGGACGUUACAUUGAGCCUCUAUUGUCACUCAGCAUCGACUUCUACGCCCGCGUAUUCGUUCGGGUGUACACCGCACCCGUACAAGUGAAGCGUGCCAUAACGAAGACGAGCACAUUCUACGUCUGCACCUUCUGUCAAUCACCUCAUGAACAACCUCUUGGGCGUGCGGUCGAGAAGAAAAACGAGCGCUCAGGAAAUGUGAACGUCCUUUUCAAAACACAAGCCGGCCCUCUUGUAGACGGAAACAAGUGUCCUGAGUGUGAGCAGACGAUGCAUGUUGCAGGGCCGAUGUGGAAUGCGUCCCUACACAAACCCGAGUUUGUCGAUGAAGUGCUCAAGCACGUUGACGUAAACGAGGGGAAGUACGGUACUGCGCCACGCAUGAAGGGAAUGCUCACUGUCGCUAAAGAGGAGCUCAACGUGCCCUUCUACUUCACUCCGAGCACGAUCGCUGGUCUAUUCCACUCAACCUGCCCGUCACUCGCGAGCGUCGCCAGCGCUUUGUUGCACGCAGGUCACAAAAUCAGCCGCUCACACGCGUGCCCUGGUAGCUUGAAGACCGAUGCGACGCGAAGGCAAAUCCACGAUGUUUUCCGGUCGUGGAUCAAAACGAACCCCGUACGGAUGGACAAAGUCGCAGAGCUGUCGCCCUCGCGCGUGCUUCUCGCGAAGGAAGCACAGCAAGAGGCGAACUUCGAAAAGCAUCCGGAAAGCCCAUUGCCGGGGUGGAAGGUCAAGCUUGUCCGAUACCAAACCAACCCGACGCCCAACUGGGGACCUGGAAGUAAGGCACCGGAAGGCAAGAAACGGAAACGGGGUGGCGAGGGUAACGAGAAGUGA